GUUGGUCGGCGGCUAACCGAGGCUGGAGGACGGUCGGUUGGCGACAGCAGUUGGUCGUGUCUCAGUUUAACCAAUAAACGAGAUUUCAGUUUUCGGUUUAACCGAAACCGACCGGCUGCCAACCCUAAUUUUAGUAUAAUCUUGCCGAAUCAGUUGUUUGACGUAUCCAGUUGACAAAAUAACUAAGAAUCAACUAUAACAUUACGGUCAAUCGACUAAUAGAAAUGAUGUAAUUAAUGAUAAACACAAAGUGUUUAAUGAUUAAUCGAGAACCAACUAAACGGUUUCGAUUAUAACCGAACCGAUAGCCAGCCCAAUACAAGUGAGUAGUGAUAUACGUCAAGUUAAUGGAGCUUGGAUCAUGUUGACUAUUGGUCCAAUACAGACGAGGAAAAUGAUUCUCUUAGUGGGCUUUAGCCCAAACUGCUAUCGUGGCCUCGCGGAAGACUAAUCCAACACUGAUAAAUAAAAGGGGGGGGGGGGGGAAGGAAAACAGAAACCGCCCAAUAGAAUAGAGAGAGGGCAGUCGGGCGGCGGCCGGAGACGAUCUUUCUUCUCUCUCGCUGGUUCUUUUCUGCUAACCUCCGUCGCCAUGGGCUCCAUAACCAAGCGGAAUAUCGCCGCCGAAACGGACGAGGGUUCCACCCGCAAGCGCCGCCAGGUAGCGGGUGAAUUAGAAUUAGUUGGUGAUGAUGAAUUGCCUUCCGAUGUUGUGAACGAUAUUCUGUCUCGGCUGCCAGUGAAAACCCUAAUCCGAUUCAAGUCCCUGUGCAACGCAUGGGCCGCCAUAAUCACCAACAAUCCACACUUCGUCUCCAUGCACCUCAAGAACUACACCAAUCACUCCCUCUUGUGCACCUACUCUGCCUCCUUUGGUCCCCAAUCGAUUUCACUCUGCCCCGAAGCCGAAGCCGAACCCGGUCAACGACGGCUGAUCAAUCUAGGCCAGCAGAUGGCCAAGGAUGUCAUCUGUGGCGGUGGGGGAAACGGCCUGUUUCUUCUCGGCAAUCCACGUAGGCAAUACCCUGAUUACCGUUUGUGGAGCCCGGCAACUCGUGAAAUCAAGCUUCUCCCAAACCCUCCUCUGGCGCCCCCAAUUAGCUACCCUCUGGAGUCGAUAUCGCCAGUCUAUUCACGGCAUUCGUGCGAUUACUGUGGAGUUGGUGAAGAUCUAGUUGCCAAUGAUAUCAAGGUCAUUCUGAUUCGUAACUACGUUUGUCAUGUUGAUAUUGGCAACUACAUCCCUUCCUCUGCCUUCCAUUCAUCAGUUUUUGUGUAUACAUUCCGCAGCAAUUGUUGGACGGAGGUAGCAGGAGGCUACCCAUACCAGGAAGGACGGAAUUAUUCUGAUUACCACACCUUAAAUCGCCAUGCUUACUCUGAGGGGAUCUUCUACUGGGUCUUUGACAAAUAUAGUAGAUAUGUGGUGGCAUUUGAUAUGGGAAGUCAUGUUUUCCACAAGAUAGACUACCCUUCCGGCCGUUCUUGGUAUAAUUGUACUCUCAGUACGUAUCGCGAUUCGAUUGCUUUGUUUAACGGGGAGUUUGGUGAUUGUUUGAGGCCAGUUGAUGUGUGGUUGCUGAGGAGUGGUGGUGAGAGAGAAUGGGGUUGGAGUAGACAUUCAAUUCCUUGGCCUUUCUCUGGGAGGGCAGUGGUGAUGGGGUAUUGGAAGGAUGAUCAGGUUAUCGUCGGGUCAAUUGGUGUUGCUAGAUACCUGUGGUCGUACGGUGAAAGUGUUGCUCAAGGAUUACAAAGGGGCCAAGGGUUGGCAUGUUUAUAGAGAGAGUUUAGCCCCCAAUCAAAUGACAGUUGGAUGUUUUCUCCCCUUUUGAAAACUUACUAAAGAUGAUGUAUGUUAUUCCGAAUUGGUGAUAUUAUUAUUACUUAUUAGGGUUGGUCGGUUACCUAGUUGAAUAUUAUAACUUUAUUAUUUGUAUUUUUGGUUAAUUUUCUAUUUCUAUAUAUACCUACUUCAAGUUUUCCGUCAAAAUUAAGCAAAGAUCAAUACAAAAAGCAUUUCAAACCCUAGUCUUUCUUCCUCUCAAAUUUUGUCAUCUCUUCCUAAGGCCGCAGAUCAUUCCUCUUCCCAAAUCCCAAUCCUCAAUUUCCUCUUCCUGCCCCAUAUCUCAAUUCUUCUUCUAAUCCCUAGAUAUCCUUUACAAUCUCUAAAUCCUUUCUCAUUUAUUCAAUUGCGUCAAUUGCAAGUUACGUGAAGAAGUGUAGUUCUUACAAUUUGUUUGACUUUCUAAUGAUUUUUGUGUUUGAUUCAAGCAUAUUUACAUAUAAAUAUGUGUCAAUUUGUACAAUAACAAAUUUGAGUGUUUUUUUAUCAACCGAAGAUACAAAAUACUUAUUUUCUUUGUAAUGUAACUUAUCGAAUUCGUGAACAAUGAAUAAAUGGGGUCGUUUGGAUGUGUCAAUUUGAAAAUGAGACAAUUUGGCUAAUUGUCUCAUUUUAUGAAAUGUGUCAAUUAAAACGAGGUCAAUUUGAAUGAUCAACUCUCCCUCCAGAAAUUGAUUCAAAAUGAUUUAAUUUGAAAUUUCCUAAGCAAAUUGAUCCAUCCAAAGUUUAUGUCUAAAAAGGGGUCAAUCUGGUAUUAUGUUAAAAUGAGACAAUUGAGUUAAAUUGAUCUGUUACAAUUGACGUCCUCACUCCCUCCACCAAGUGUUGUGUGGAGUUUCAGCCUCCAAUCCCGUUCUUUGCCGACGCUGCACCGCCACUACCUCAAGCAGAAGUUGAACUUCGCUUCUCCCGAUUCAAUUGAGAUUGUUUGUCAUUUAGGCAGGGGCGUAGCUAGAGUAUAAUAAGGGGUUAUCAUGGCACCCCAUUAGAUUGGGAGAAAGUACAGAAUUUUAGUAGUAUUAGUUAGUUAAUGUUGAUAUUUAAAUCCUAAAUUUCAAUGUCAAUCGUAAAAUCUUCUACCGUUAUAUCACAACAAACUAAUAAGUUAAUUUCAUCUACGAAUUUGUACAUGAAAAUUAGUUUCUAUCAAUGUGUUUGUUUGUAAAAAUAGAUUUGAUUUGCCACUAUCAUCUAUCAAUGCACAAGUUGAUAGCAUUUUAUGAUAUGAAACGAUUGAUCAGCAUUUGCAUCUAGUGAACUAAAGUUGUGAAUGAUUAUUUGGUGGGAUAUAUUAAGUGCGAAAUCUUGAUAGUUUGGUCGAUUCAUAUAGUUAUAGAAUAAUUUCACCAUAUAAAACACGAGACCGCAUAUGUCAUUUUUUAUAGCACCCCUUGAAUAAAAUCCUGACUACUGUAUUUAGGCCGUCCAAUUGAGCAAAUUGAUCUAUUGCGAGAUUUGAGAGAAAAUUUUGAUCAUAGAUUGCAUGGAAAAUUGAAGAACAAUAGAGUAUCAGCUUGCUCUGCGCAAGGUCGAACAUAGAGAGGGAAAAAAUGGAAAGAGAGAUUAGUAGGUUUAUUUUGUGGUGGUAUGGUGGAUGAGUGUAGCUGAGCAAGAGAUAAGGUGUGCAAAAAGAAAACUAAAAAAUGAUUAAUUUAUCAAAAUAAAAUAAUUAUUAUAUUUAAUUUACUAACGAACUUAACCUAAUAAAAUAUCCGCCCUCUUUUGAUUAUUAUUUUCUAUCUAAAUUAUAGUAAUCACUAAUAUAUGUUAGGUAAUAAUUUAUCCUUAAUUAGAUUGUAAAUAUGAAAAAAAUAAUUAAACAUAAUAUAAUAAUAACGCUCUCUUCACACUUUUAAUGUUGAAUUCUUGUAACAUAGACGCUCUUACACUCCCGCUCUACAAACUAGUUAUCUAAGAUAAACCACUGCAAAGAAA